CACUGAAUGCAACACCCAUGAACCCAGAGAGCAGCUCCCCUUACAGCUGUCUGCACCGCACAUAAAAUUAGACCCCCAGACAGUUGUACAGUAGGCUCCAGCAGGCUGAGUCAACUGGCAAAAUUAUUGUUGGAGAUGGAGCCAAGUCAUAGUUCCAGUCUUUACUUUGGAAGCUGCACACGCUGCAGUAAAGCGGUGUACAGUGAUCAGAGAGCCUGCCGAGCGAUGGGACAGUUAUUCCAUUAUGCUUGUUUUACCUGCAGUGUUUGCAGUGAAAAGCUCAGUGGGAAGCCCUUUUAUUCAGUAUCAGGAAAAAUCUACUGUGAGGAGGAUUAUUUUCACUCAGGAGGUCACUCAUCCUCAGAGGCGUGUAACAGCUGUGGGUUUUUAAUCUUGGACAUGGUUUUGCAGGCUCGUGGGAAGUCCUACCACCCGUCAUGCUUUCGAUGUGUGGUCUGCAGACAGAGCCUGGAGGGUCAGCCCUUCUCUGUAGACGCAGACACCAGAGUUUACUGUGUUAGCGACUACCACAAGAUCCAAGCUCCACUGUGUGCUGUAUGCAAGGUGCCGAUAUUGCCAACUGAGGGGUUGACAGAUUCUAUUCGAGUGGUGUCAUUUGACAGAAAUUACCAUGUAGAGUGCUACAGUGGUGGGGUUAACCUCAUUUGAAGACUGGAGCAACUUGGCAUGCAUCUUUCUGUGUUUUUUUCUGCUGGUUAUGUAUAUAUAUAAAACAUAA